AUUUGAGAGAACCAGCAGUCUAGAUAUACUAUGUCUAUGGAGCACACCAUGUUAUCCCUUCCACCAUGUGUCGAUGUGUUCACGGCAGUUUACUGGUUUACUGAGAUGUUUGAAGAGGAGUGAAGUCAUAUGUUCGCGCACGGUAUAACCUAAAAAUGGAGCACGCUGAACAGUUCUUUGUAACAGUCACACAACGUAUAUUCAGUAAUUGGACAGCACUGAGAUUAGCGGUGGAACAUGAUAUGGGUUCAAUAGAAAGUGCGAGGAACCUUUGUUCGAAUGUGGCGCAUAUAAUGUGCACGAAUGAGGGCUUGACCACUGACGAGGUUGCCGAUCACUUAGAGACUUGUAUGGACGAUCACUUUAACACAGAAUUAGAGGAUGAUAGUAGUAUACAAGUAGCGGAGGAAUUGUUAAGGUUUUAUCGAUAUUGCGUGGCAGGCGAUCAGUUAACAGCACAGACGGAAUUUGAAAAAUUACCACCGCCGCAGUCGUGGCUGAGCUUGGAACGACCCGCUCGACCUACUCGGCCAGUGAGACACGAGCCCAGCAGCUCAGAUGAGGGUAUGGAUGUAGAUAAGAAUGAGCAGGAGGAAGAUGGAUGGACGGUGGUCGCAAACAGGCGAAGCAAAUAACUUGCGAGUUCGUUUUAUACGAAAGAUAUCUUUAUUUAGUGAUUUUUUAUGUAUAUAUAUAUAAAAGAAUGGAAAGACAUGAAAGAAAAGAAGAAAAACAGGCGCAUACAUCGUUAUAUGCGCACAUUCGUUCCACAAUCAUACGAAUUUCAGAACUAUGUAUUAUCUACAAAAAUACAAUUUUUACCUAAGC